AUGAUCGCUACCGCGCUGCUAGCCACUGCGGGCCUGGUCGAGCGUCAAGCUCCGAGCUCAGCCCCAGCACUAUCCGCGCCCUCCGGCUCUACCGUCCAAGUUAUCACCACCUCUCUGUUCCCUGGCGGUGUUUCCCCUGGGUAUACUGCACUCGUGACAACCAUCCCGCUGGUGUGCCUUGAUGGCUGCUUUGCUGUCGCCACUUACUACGAGUACUGCUUUCUCCAAAACACCUUCCUCAAUGGUACCACCGUUGGCGCCGAGCCAUGUAACAAUGUCUGCAACCAGACCAACUUUAACGGAAUCACUCAGUGUCUCAACUGCAUUGUGGCAAACGGAGACGAGCGGCCAUACGGCUAUACCAAUAACACCUCACUCACUGCCCUCCCAUCUGCGACGAACAGUGCGGGCGGGGUCACACCGCAGGCGUUUGUAGGGGCGACGCUUAUCAAUGCGACGGUGGCAAAUGGGUGGUUGAGGAAUAUGACCAACUUGUGCUCGUCUAGAGGAACGAACGUGACGGCUGCUACGAGCAUCACUGCUGUUCCAACCACGACCGGCCCAUACCAGGCAUCUUGGACGUCCGGUCAGACCAUCUCGCGCACACAAUGGCCUGGUCUCUCCCAGUACCCCCCACGCGUCUAUACCAGCACCCGCACCAUCGGCAUCGCGGCGCUCGCAAGCGAGAGCAGUCGGGGGGCUGGGAUGAGUACGGUGGAGGGGGCGCCGCUGCGUUGGGUGAUGGGCGGAGCUCUGCUUGCGUGGGCGGUGUUGUAA